AGUUCAUGAAUUUGUUAACCCCUCUAGCUAUGUAUACGCAAUAGUGGCGAGAUACAACACAAUCGUGCGAAGCUCAAAACCCACCCAACCUUAUAAAUUUCUGGAACUUUCCGUUCCUUUCUCAACCCAUCAUCAAGACAAUUUCCAACGCCGCUGAAAACCCAAACAAUCUUCUUCAAGGUGAACCACAAAUUGCAAAGCUGACGAAGAGAAAGCGAGAACAACGACAAGAAGAAGCGCAACAACCUGCCAUGGGUGUUGACUAUUACAAGCUUCUUCAGGUUGAUAGGAACGCUAAGGAUGAUGACUUGAAGAAAGCUUACAGGAAACUCGCUAUGAAGUGGCAUCCUGAUAAGAACCCUAAUAAUAAGAAAGAAGCUGAAGCCAAAUUUAAGCAAAUCUCUGAAGCUUAUGAUGUUUUGAGUGAUUCUCAGAAGAGGGCUGUGUAUGAUCAAUAUGGGGAAGAUGGGUUGAAGGGGCAAAUGCCACCAACACCUGAUGCUUUUAGUGGUGGUGGUGGUGGAGCCAGUUAUUAUUCUCCGGCAGACAUACCACCUUCGUUUCGGUUCAAUCAGCGGAAUGCUGAUGAUAUUUUUGCUGAGUUUUUUGGGGUUUCAAGUCCCUUUGGUGGGAUGGGAGGAUUUGGAAGAGGGGCUGGUGGUUCUGGUGGGAUGGGAGUGAGGCUUCCGAAUGGUGUGUUUGUUGAUAAUGUGUUUGGAUCGUUUGGGGAUGGAGGAGGAAGUGGAGGUCAUGUGCAUCAGAGUGCGCCUCGGAAGGCGCCGCCUAUUGAGAACAAGUUGCCGUGUGCUCUUGAGGAUAUAUAUAAAGGGGCCACAAGGAAGAUGAAGAUCACCAGAGAAGUUAUUGAUGUUCAUGGCAAAGUCAUUCAGGUGGACGAGAUCUUGACGAUUAACAUCAAACCUGGUUGGAAGAAGGGCACAAAGAUCACCUUCCCAGAGAAGGGAAACGAGCAUCCAAAUUCGAUACCUGCUGAUAUCGUUUUCGUCAUUGAUGAAAAACCACACAGCGUGUUCACUCGCGAAGGAAAUGAUCUGGUUGCAACACAAAAGAUCUCUCUUGCAGAAGCAUUAUCUGGCUGCACAGUGAAUCUCACCACACUCGAUGGUAGAAACUUGACUAUAGUGGUCAACAAUGUCGUUCAUCCCGAGUACGAGGAAGUUGUUCCAAGAGAAGGAAUGCCGCUGCCAAAGGAUCCAACAAAGAAGGGAAACUUGAGGAUAAAGUUCAACAUCAAAUUUCCAUCUCGGCUCUCUGUUGAUCAGAAAACGGGAUUGAAGAAAGUCUUAGCUGCAUAAAGUAAGAAAUUUAUUGGCACACCUUGGCUUCCUUGCAUGAACAAAUUGUAAAUUAGAUUUACCAUAAUCUUGACAGAAGGCUAUUGGGAAAUUUGGUUGUUUUUUUUAUAUAGAAUAUUAUUACUUAGUAUAGUGAUUCAAAUUUUUGGAUUGAUAUUUGGUCUAUUUUAUGGUUGGUUAUACAAUGAGCUAAAAUUUAGUUAUA